CGUCCCCCGCCGAUGUGGUCAGCGGCUGCGGGGUCACGUGAUUCCUUGCCUACGCGCGGUGGGGCCGGGUGCAGAUGGCGGACGCCGAGGCUGACGCGGCCCUGCAGCCAGAGAUGCCCCGGCUGGCCGCCGGCCUCAGCUCUCGGCUCCGGCAGCUGCAGGCGGAGCUCAGCGAGCAGGGGGUGGGCGAGGGCUCGUCGGGCGCCUAUUGCCGGGACUUCUGUCAGACGUUGCUACAAUAUGCUGACAAUCCGGGUGCUUCGGAGCAUGUUCUGCCUUUCUUGGAAGUGUAUCAAGUCGCCAUUCAGAGCUUUGCCAAUGCCCGACCUUACUUGACUACCGAAUGUGAAGAAGUUCUUCUGGUAAUUGGCAGGCUAGUGUUGAGCUGUUUUGAACUACUGCUUUCUGUGCCUGAAAGUGAGGAGCAGUCUGAACCAUUGUUAAGACUGUUUCAGUCUAUACAGGAUUCCCAUAAUGCUUUACUUAAAUUUGGAGACAAUAGCCUCGAAACACUGGCUGACAUUUCAAAGGAAGGUGUAUGGAAGAAUCCAGUUCUCUUAAAUAUUAUAUCACAGCAGCCUGUAGAAGCAGAAGAAGUCAACAAACUGAUUAAACAGGAAGGACCAGUCUUUAUGCAGAUGCGAAUAAAAUACUUGAUGAAAACAAACCGUCUUCGGCAAGCUGCUUCCCUAUCCAAACUGUGCAAAGAGUCCACGGAAAUUUCAAAUACAUUGCCAUUUCUCCAAGCUUACAUCACUUGCUUGUGUUCCAUGCUUCCAACUGAAGAAUCUAUCAAAGAGAUUGCAAAGGUGGACUGCAAAGAGGUCCUGGAUAUGAUAUGUAAUCUGGAAGCUGAAGGUCAAGAUAGUACUGCAUUCAUUCUUUGUACAACAUACCUCACGCAGCAGCUUCAAAAUGGAAAUGUGUACUGCUCUUGGGAACUGACUUUAUUUUGGAGCAAACUACAAAAGAGAAUUGACCCAUCUUUAGAUUCCUUUCUGGAGCGCUGCCGGCAGUUUGGCAUCAUUGCUAGGACAUUGCAACACUUGUUCUUCCUAAUUAGAGUCAUACAAGCUGAAGCAGAAGAAUCAGGCCUUAUUGUGUCUGUUUUGUUAUGUGUGAGAGCCCUGCAGCUCCGAUCAAAUGAAAAUGAUGACAUGAAGACCUCUGUAUGCAAAACAAUUGCAUGCCUUCUGCCGGAAGACCUUGAAGUAAGAAGAGCAUGCCAGCUCACUGAAUACUUACUUGAGCCAAGCGAGGAAAGAUACAGUCUACUAGAAGAGCUCUACCUGCAGCCAGAUCAAAAAUUGGAUGAAGAAAAUGCAGCAGUUCCAAACUCCCUCCGUUGUGAGCUACUGUUGGCUUUAAAGGCGUAUUGGCCAUUUGAUCCAGAAUUUUGGGACUGGAAAACUCUGAAGCGACACUGUCUCAAAUUGUUAGGAAAAGAAGUUUCUGAGUCAGAGGAUGAUCUGAGUUGCAAUGAGAUGUUGUUCAAUGAAACCGAACUGUUGGAUGGUCUCCUAAGCGAUUGCGAAGAUAAUAAUUUUGAAGGUCAAGAUAUAAUAAACCAGCCUAAAGAGAGGGUGAGAGUUAAAAAGCCGAUUGGAUCCUCAGAAAGGUACCAGAGAUGGCUUCAGUACAAAUUUUUCUGUGUUAUCUGCAAAAGGGAAUGUAUAGAGGCCAGAAUACUUCACCAUUCUAAGAUGCAUAUGGAAGAUGGCAUUUAUACAUGCCCAGUGUGUAUAAAAAAGUUCAAGAGGAAGGAUGUCUUUGUGACGCAUGUGAUGGAACAUGUAAAAAUGCCUCCUAGUAGAAAAUACCGUAGUAAGAAGAAGUUGCUGUUGAAGAAAGAGAGGCUGGCAAAGAGCAGUCUAGCCAGAAUUGCUUCUGUAGGCCUUGGAGAAAACCAGCCACUCAAAAUAACGCAGUGUGAACAACCCAGACUCAACACGCAGGAUUUCGUCACGUUUAGUAAGCUAGAAAACUGCCACUUGCAGGACAGGGACCUGUACCCAUGCCCAGGCACGGAUUGCUCCAAAGUGUUUAAGCAAUUCAAGUACUUAAGCGUUCACUUGAAAGCAGAACACCAAAACAAUGAUCAAAAUGCAAUGCACUACUUGGACAUGAAAAACAGGCGUGAGAAGUGUGCAUACUGCAGGCGGCAUUUUGUUUCGGCUUUCCAUCUACAGGAGCAUGAACAAGUGCACAGUGGCCCUCAGCCGUACAUGUGUGUGUCGGUGGGCUGCUAUGCUAGGUUUGGAUCAGUGAAUGAGCUGCUCCAUCACAAGCAACAGCACGACGAUCUGCGUUAUAAAUGUGAGCUCAGUGGUUGUAACAUUGUUUUCAGUGACUUGGGGCAGCUCUACCACCACGAAGCCCAGCAUUUUAGGGAUGCUUCCUACGCAUGCAACUUUAGUGGUUGUAAAAAAUUUUACUAUUCCAAAACUGAGUUUACAAAUCACCUGUCGAUGCAUAUGUCAAAUGGUGAAAUAAAGGAGAUGCAGAUUAAGCAUGAGGAAAAUGUUUCUGGGGACAGUCUUACUUGCCUUUCAGAUUUGGAAGUGUUUGAACAAAAAGGUCCUUCUGAUCUGCAUGAGAGUCUUAAUUUGCCUUCGGGAUCUACAAAUUCAGAGGGAAUCCAGCAGGUUAAGCAAGAAUCUACAAAUUUGGAGGAAACCCAGCAAGUUAAACAAGAAGCUAUAUCUGAUGGAGAGGUGGAUGGCAAAAGUAAUGGCAGUUUAGGAAGCAAUAUCGCAUCCCUAGCCAGCGAGACUCAGUUGACCCCUUUGACUGAAGCAGUGGACUGUGGCCAGGCAACUCCCGGGAGUGAUUUACCCCGUGAGAAAGUCUUCCUUCCAUCCAAUUUAAAAGAGCGGUAUUCAAAUGUGGCUGUAUAUUUUGAUGGGAAAAGAUUUACCUGUGGCUUUGAAGACUGUGGAUCAACGUACAAAAAUUCAAAGGGCAUGCAAAAACAUCUUCGAAGGGCUCAUCCUUACCAUUUCAAACCUAGGAGGAAGCUAGGUCUGAAAACUAAAGAUAUUGCUCAGUACAGUGACAGUCAUAAUACUGAUGGAGAUAUUAGUCCAGAGCUCAUAUAUCAUUCAUGUAGAAAUACAGACUCUCCAGGCAUUAUAGAUUGUAAUACAAGUUCUAAUAGCAAAAGCUAUUUAAAUGAAGAACUGUAUCCUUCUUCCCCAGAAACUUCCUAUUUUGAAGCUUCCAAAAUGUCCAGUUCAGAAGAUGCAAUGUUGGAACUUCUCCUGGGCUUGAAGCAUUUAAGUUUAAAAAAUUCCAGUGGUCAUACUGGAAAUUCUUCCAGGUUGUCACAGUCUCCAAACUCUGAAGAUGAAUCUACCUCAGACUAUUUCCCUGAAGAGCAGCAAGGCAAACUACCAAAACAAUACCUUACCCAAUUGGCAGCCAAGCCAUUUUUCUGUGAGCGUCAAGGUUGCACAUGUGAAUUUGUGACCAGGGAAGCGUUGUUGACGCAUUAUGUUAGAAAACACAAUUAUUCAAAGGAGAUGGUGCUUCAGUUGAACAUGUUUCAACACCGGUAUUCCCCUUUUAAAUGUCAUAUUUGCCAAAGAUCAUUUACAAGAAAAACACAUCUUCGAGUCCAUUAUAGAAACAAACAUAAACUUGGCAAUAUGACAGCAACUCAGAAAUUACUUGGUAAUGAGAGUUUUGAGGAUCCGGAUGAGAGCGCUGAGGAUAUGCUGAAUGAUACCAUGGGUUCAAUGUCUGAUUUCUAUGCCAAUACAGAGGAAGAACUUGAUGACCAAGCUAACCUGGCUGAAGAAGAGCAGUGUCAUCCAAAGAAAGAUGAGCUUAGUUCUGAAACAGAUCUGGAGUCUAGUGAAGAAGCAGAAAGUUGUGUAACUGGCAAGCAGACGAAACUGUCUGCUCUGGAAAGCCACCGGAAAGGACUAGAAGCAAGAGAGGGGAGGGGAAGUAAAAGAACAGUUGCCAAAGGAAAUUUAUGCUACAUUUUGCAUAAAUACCACAAGCCGUUCCAUUGCAUUCAUAAAAAUUGCAAUUCUGCAUUUACUAAUCAGAAAGGUUUGAUUCGGCACUACAGAACGGUGCACCAGUAUAACAAAGAACAGCUCUGCCUAGAAAAAGACAAAGCGAGAACAAAGAGGGAACUUGCCAAAUGUAAAAAAAUAUUUGUUUGCAAACAUAAGGCAUGCAGCAAACGCUUCUUGUGUUCUAAAUCGCUUGCUAAGCAUUGCAGUGACUUUCAUGGCCUGGACCAUGUAGAGGAUUCCAAAGUGCUUUCUGAAACAGAGUCCGUGAGAUUUCCUUGUCACCAUCCUCAGUGUCCUGCUGCAUUUUAUUCCUUCCACAAACUGAAGCAUCACCUGAUGGAAGAGCAUGCUAAGGAAGAGGAAAUAAAUAAAGAGAUUGAAAUUCAUUGUGACCUUAAUGGUUGCAACCGAGUUUUCACAACCUACAGCCGCUAUUCUCAACAUGUAUAUUUCCGACACAGUGAUUAUGAUGGGGUCUCGGAAGCUGCCAAAGAAAAACUGGCCCACCUUAAAGAUGGACAGGAGCAAAGGUGCUUGAAAGAUAAGUGCUUCGGGCAUGAAGAGAGCGAGAAAAAGAGACGGAUCCAUGACAAAUCUGAGAAGAAUAAUAAAAGCAAAGGAAAGCAGUUAUAUAACUUCAGAACAAGGGAGGAAGCCCUGCAAAUGUGCAGAGACAACUGCAAUCAGACACAGUAUCCUUGCAUGGUUCGGGGGUGUCCCUCUGUAGUAAAACUGGAAAGCAGUAUUGUGAGACACUAUAAGCGUACCCACCAGAUGGCCAGUAUUUAUAUAGAACAACAGUAUGAGGAGCUUGUACUAUGUGUCGAAUGUGGUACUGUGAUAAAUGACCCCUGCUUAGAAGAAAGCCAGGGUUCGAAUAAAGAGCUAAACAGUGACUCUAAGCAGGAAGUUACAGUGCACCCUGCAUAUCAGCGUGAAAAUGAAGGGCAUCGUGUUCCAAACUCGGACUGCAAUCAUGAUGAUAAAAGCAGUAAAAACGGCAGCUCCUGUGGGAGUGACAAGGCCCAGGAGGCUGGUGUCUCUUUGUGUACAGGCACUUUAAAACAUAUCCACAAUCCAAAAACCAGGUGUUUUGUAGAAUGUAGUCGAUUGGAGUCACCUCGGUAUAAAACAGACAACUUGCCUGGAAGUGAUGGAAGAGAAAACCCCUCCUACUGUGUGAGGUCAGGUGUACAGCUACAAAGGGAGAAAGAUGUAAACGACUGGCAGCGUGCAUCAGCACAGCAGAACAUUAAAAACCCUCCUCCCCUUUCUGCUACGAAAGAUAAGAUGCAGAGGCAAUCUGCGCCAAAGCCGUUUGAUUUAAAGUCCUUCAAACCAAUGGGGUUUGAGUCUUCCUUUUUAAAAUUCAUCCAAGAAAGUGAGGAACGAGAUGACGAUGACGACUCCGAGGAUGAAUGGGAGCCGGCUGGCCGAUAUGAAUUGGGUGUGGUGGUACAGAAAGAGAAAGACUUCAAAAGGGAUGACACACGGGGCAAGACUGCAUAUGAAACUGUCCCGGCAGCAGCUGUGUCCAAGAAAAACAGCGGCUCCAGAGCUCAUGGGCAGCUGAGAGGGAUGCAGCCUCUCUUAUCCACGGACUCUCCCUCGAUCCCUUCCCUGGAAAACCUGAGGGCCAUAUUGGACAAGGCGUUAACAAAGUGUGGGGACAAUGCCUUAAAACAGCUUCAUUAUUUGCGACCAGUAGUUGUUAUUGAAAGACGUACGUUAUCCUCGCCCCUCAUAGACUUCUUCCCAACAAAAAAAACAGAUCACCUUUGUGUGGAAAGUUCAUAAAUUGUUGUGUUUAAUUUAAAAAUAGAGAAGGAGGGGAGACUUCUUCCACUUCUGGGGGGCGGGGGGGGGCGGGGAUGCUAAUUGGUUCAGUGCACAUGGUGUUGAAGUUAGAUUAGGCUGUUCAAUUCCAUGAAUGUAUGACAUCUGUCUACAGUAUUGGCUGAGUUAAUAUAGCUCCCCUGUUAAAUUAAGAGAGAGAGAGAACAGAUAUUUUGGUGCUAAUUAACAGAAUAUGGAGCUGGGGGCUUCCUCUUGCAGAGUAAAUGUGCAUGAUUGUAUAUGGAACAAAUACUUAGGGUACCAAGUGGGGGAGGGAGGGGGGAGGGAGGGAGGGAGGAUGGAACUUCUUACUUGACUUGAAUGUGCACCUCAGGGUGCUUUGUGUAACAUAUUGUACACUACAGCAUCUUAUAUUUUUUGAGUUAUGAGUUUCAAUAAAAAUGAAUUUUUUUCACCCA